GACUAAUGUCGAAGUUGCUUGGCAGGUCUAGUUCAGUAACAGAUUUACUCUUUUCCAACGUUUCUUAUUUUGUUUUCACAAUUGUAUUGAUAAAUCCAAAUGCUCCCCCAGUUUAUAACUGAAGUGAAAUGUCAGGAGUACAUGAUUUAAUCUGAGAUGAAGUUAUGAAGAUUAAAGUGUUUAUGACGUUCCCUUUUUUGCACUCAUGAGACACGUCACUGUUGCUGGUAAACUUUGGUAUUGUGUGUCACAGUUUUUCAAGACGCUGUUGAACUUUGUUACAAUGAGACGACUUUUAUCGAAACUGAUAAACCGAGCGUUGCUGACUGAACCCUUUGCACCAGUAAUGGACAUUGGAGCAGGAGUCCACACAAAUGCUUGUCGGAGACUGAUUGUGGGACUGGGCAACCCUGGAAUGAACGGUUCGCGCCAUAGUGUGGGCAUGGCUGUGCUGGAAGCACUUGCUGCCCGGCUGAGGUUAGCUGAUAGCUGGCAUGGCGAUAGGCACGUUUCCGGUGAGGUCAUCGUAUCUGACAUCCAGGACACCCAAAUUGUGCUUCUCCGACCACGACUACUGAUGAACAUAAAUGGUGUAUCCGUGGCCAAAGCAGCGGUCAAAUACAGCAUCAAGCCUGAGCACAUCCUCCUGGUUCAUGACGACUUGGACAAGGCCCUUGGGAAGCUUGCUAUGAAACAAGGAGGGAGCGCCAGGGGUCACAAUGGUGUGCGGUCCUGUGUUGAGUGUCUGCAGACAGAUGUGAUGCCCAGACUGCGUGUUGGGAUUGGCAGACCAUCGGGUAAAGCAUUAGUGGACCGGCAUGUUCUGGGGCGCUUCUCUCAGGAGGAGCAGAACAUUCUCUGCAGGGUUCUAGAACAGAGUGUGGACAUUCUCCUCUCCCAGCUCACUGACGAGGAUGUGCAGUCCCCACUGUUGCCACCAGGAGGCAGACCGGCAUUUCAGACUGGGAAACAGAGGGUUUGCUCAAUUUCUCCAGCAAAGGACACAACCUGCCAAAGCCAGUGAACCUAUGACUGCACUCUGGGAUAGUAGCUUUGCUGCUGCUGCUAAAACAAAGCUGCCUCUUACAGAAACAUGAAAGUGUGAACAUGUUUUUAUUUAUUGGGACUUUAUGUAUGCAUUUUUUGUUUUUUAGCCUACUCUACAAUUAUGUAAAAGGUCCAAGGAGUGACCAAGACUUGAUAUUAGAAUGAUUAAACAAUAAAACCAUCAUACCAAUAGCA